CUUUUUUUCCUUUUUGAACUACAAAACCAAAUAAUCGAUGCAUCAUAAAUGAAGAGCAGGCUGGUGGUCGGAGAACGUGAACCAGAGAAAUGGAGAGCAGAAAUCCCUAAUUCGUUCAAUGAAAGGAGUCGCGAUUUCCCCCUCAAUCAAAUUCCAUCUCAAUCCCCAAUCCCUCCUUCGUUUUCCACCAUCCGAAGCACUCUACGUGGCCUUCCCUCUUCCCCAAAAUCCCCCCUUUUCUCAAAUUCAACCCUUUCGCUCUUCUGGAUUCGGUUCUACGGAGCGGCGCAGCAGCAAGGCGAGCAGAAGGAGCAGAGAACAUGUUUCCGCUUCCCAUGGGGCCGCGGCCCGCAUCGUCUGGUUUUCCGUUCGCCAUUCGCGCUCGGCUUUCUGCUGAGGACAGCUCAAGCGAUGCUUCUUCUUUCAUCGCCGGCGACUCGGAUGAUAAUUCCGGUGUUGACGAGUUGGAGGAGGAAGCGGCAGAGGACAAUAGUGGCUCUCUUAGGCGGCCAUUCAUUCCCAUUGCACGUGUUACAGGAGAUGAUGAAGACGACGAUGUUGUGGAUGAGCUGCUGUUUGAUGAUGAGGAGGAGGUGAAGCCUAAGUUGGUUGUGGGGAAGUUGGAGGUGGAGAGCUGGAAUGGGGGAAGGGAUGAGGAUUUUGGUGGUGGAUUUGAGUCUGGAAGGGAGGAGAGUGGGCUGUUUUAUGGAAAUGAGGUGAAAGGUGAUAGCUUGGGUGUUUAUGAAGAUACUCUAAUUUUAUCAGAAGAGGAGUUGCGGGUACAGGAGAAGGAGAAGGAGAAGGAGAAGGGUUAUGUUGAGGUGGUGGAGAGAGUGGCUGCUUCUAGCGAUGAUGCUGGUGCUGUUGAAGGCGGAUUGGAGCUGAAUGAUGUAAAUCAAAAUAAGGGAUUUGAGUUGGAAGUGAAAGAUUUGUUGGUUGAUUCAAGUAUCAUAGAAUCAGAAAAAUGCAAUCUUGUUGGUGAUAUUGAUUCGACUCAGAAUUCUGUCAUGGAUGUGGAGCUGAGGACUUUAGGAGCUGAAUCCGAAGCUGUUGACUCCUUAAUUCCAGAGGUUGAAGACGACCCUGUCGAGAUUGUAACGAUUAAAGCUGCUGGUGAUGUUGCUUCAAGCCGGCACUGGAACGAAGAGGCUGAGGCAAAGUUUUCUCAAUUUGAGGACAUGGAAGAGGAGGUUGGAGGUGAUCUUGAUUCCAAAAAUUGCUUUUUGGGUGAGAAAAUGUUUGAGGUUAGUGAAGUUAAAGCUCAUUCUACUGAAUCCGAGCGGUUCGGAGCUCCUGAUGCUGUUUGUUUCAGCCAUAGUUCACUCCUUGAGAUGUUAAGUCUUCAUGAUAACAAAGCAUUUGAACGAAAAGAUGAAGUUUUGCAUAUGAAGAUUAGCUCUGUGGAUUCUGUGAAUGCAAAAGAUUCUACUUUUAAGCUUCUUGUUUCGACUGAUGGAAAUCAUUCUCCAUACGGAAAGGAAAUGGAUUCCAUUGAUUCUUACCAUCUUAUUUAUGACGAGGAUUUAGCAGAAGAGAAUGAACAUGGGAUUUCUGAAUGGCCUCACUCAGAAUCUAUGAAGUGUAUCCUGAAAGAGAUUGAUGAAGGUUCCUCUACUUCACAUUCCAGUUUUGAAUCUUCACAAACCUAUUCAAACAUUUUAGGCAUUCAAAACAUUUAUAACUCUGACGAGGAAAUGGAAAUUGAUGAGGAUGAUAAUGCGAAAGAGCUCUUUGAGACCUCUGCAUUGGCAGCACUCUUAAGGCCCUCUCAUGGAACUUCCUUUGGAGUUCCUCACCAUACUUCUCAAAAUACUUGUUAUGUGAAUGAUUUGAAAGUUGAAGAACAGAUGCUGUACUCAAAGAUUGAACGAAUUCGGGCAAAGUACCUUCGUCUUGUCGAGAUAGUAGGAGUGGGCUUUAUAUACUCAGUGAGUCGAGGAAGAAAAACCGGCGCUAAAAAUGUCACCUUUCUAUAUGAUGAGGGAGAGGACGAAUUCGCCUUGUCAUGCACCAUUCUAGUUCUU